UCCAAUUUCGGAAUCCGAUUGUGCGAUCCCCAGGAAGAUUUGUCACAUUUGUAUGGCCAAAACACACCAUAUUUACAGUAUCAAUCACUUAACCACGAAAACCUACUUCUGUCGUCAUCUUUUUGCCUAAACUUGAUUGGUUGUGAAAAACAUUACUGCAGGUUGCCCAAGGCAGACAUCAGGUGAUUAACAUCGACCCCGGACACUAACAACUUUGAUAAACACCGAAUCGUGCCUAAAGAUACAUUUAAAGAGGCAAGGCUGCUGGGAAAGCUGACAGAAAAUGAAGACUAUUGUUAUGGCAAGCCGGAGUUCAAAGGAUCACAUUACCAUUAAUACUGAAUCUUUAGCAUCCUCCUUUGAGAAUAUAAUGGCGGAUAACCUCUUCAUGUCACCCAAUUGUUGUAUCUUCAGAACCCCAAAAAUACUCCUCAGGCACAACGAAAAAGCAUAUCACCCCAAUGCAUUUUCAAUUGGGCCCUUUCAUCAUGAAACAGAACAAUUGAAACCCACAGAAAAAAUCAAAUUGAAGUAUUUGCAAGGCAUCCUCCAACGAUCCCUACGGCCAAAGGAAAGAUUGAGGCAGCUGAUUGAAGCCAUCAGGGUUGUCCAAGUAGAAGCCCGUGAGUAUUAUGCAGGUCCAGUUACGUUAAAUGUUGAAGAAUUCGUAAAAAUUAUGGUGCUUGAUGGUUGCUUCAUUAUUGAGCUGCUCCGCAAAGAUGCAGACGAGGUAGCAAAAGAUCCAGAUGACCCCAUAUUUACCAUGUCUUGUUUACAAGAAUUUUUAAACCAUGACCUGAUUUUGCUAGAAAAUCAAAUUCCUUGGCUGGUGCUCGAUUGUUUGUUUAACUUGAGCAUGCCUCCAGGAGGAGGCAAGUCCCUAAUUCAACUAACCCUUGAUUUCUUCGCCAACAUAUUUUCAUCCUCUAAACCUUCUAUAACACCAGACCAGUUCAAUGACCUUAAAAUCAUGCAUAUUCUUGACCUAUUGAGGCAUUCAUUGCUUUUGCCAUUCAGAAACGACGAACCGGAUGAAAAGCAUUUGGGAUGGCAGCCCUUCCCGUGUGCCAAAAGUUUGAAAGAUGCUGGAAUCAAAUUCAAGAGAGUAUCUUCUAGUAGCAUUUUGGAUAUAACAUUUAGCAAUGGGGUUCUUGAGAUCCCACCUCUGUUACUUCAGGAAACUACAGAAUCAAUCUUGCGGAAUCUGAUCAGCUUCGAGCAAUGCUACCCGAAUUGCCCGCCAAGAAUCACUUCGUAUGCAAAACUCAUGGAUUACCUCAUUGACACCACUAAGGACAUGGAGAUACUUUGUGAGAAUGAUAUUUUUGAUAACUGGUUGAAUCUUGAGGACGCCACUCAAUUCUUCAACCAGUUAUACACUGAUGCUUAUGUGAAGAAAUUCUAUUACCAUGAACUUUGCCGUCAAGUGAACUCCUACUGCAAACAAUUCUGGCCUAGAUGGCGCUUCUUUUACGUGCACAACUACUUUGGCAAGCCCUGGGCUGUCACUGCUCAGAUUGUUGUUGCUAUCUUCUUGGUUUUCGCCUUCUUACAUACCUAUUAUACCAUUAAAAAUGAUGAUUGACUGUUUGGUUGACUUCCAUUAAUUUGCUUUGUAUUUCAGUUGUAUUUGUUUGAUUAGAAAUACGUUUUACUUGGUAAACUUAAUUAGUUGUUGAGCUAGAGCUGGCUUUGUAUGAACAAAAUCUGAUUUUGUUUUUGUUUGUUUGUUUGUGAAACAAGUGUGAAUGGGUUUGUUGUUA